GUGGGAAUUCGAAAAAGAAUUCCAUGAAACUUUAAAAGGGUUUAUUUUUGGAGAAAUUCUUUGUGGGUGGCUGCUCUCUGUGACUGGCCUCUUUCUGAAAAUGAAAAGGCAAUAGCGAUUACUCCUACAAAAUUAAUGCUGUGAGGCCUCUUUGUCUUCGUGUCAACUACCCACCACUGCUCUUUCAUUUUUUUUGGGAUUAAGAUGAGAUAUUGGAGGAAUUAAAAUUAGGGUUUAAUUUUUCUGAGGUGCAGAAAUGGGGGAGAAGAAGAAGGACAUACCUACGGUCUGGAUUUCCUUAAAGAAGUCUCUGCAGUGUCAAUCAGAGGCGUCCGAUGUGCACAAUCCGAAGACGAGGAAGCAGCUUGGGGCAAUUUUGACGAGGCCCAGGACCUCGGCGAGGUCCGGGUGCUCGAGGUCGAUUGCAAAUCUGAAGGAUGUGAUCCAUGGCAGCAGCCGACGGCACAUUGAGAGGCCCCCCAGCUGCAGCCCGAGGUCCAUUGGGAGCAGUGAGUUUGUGAACCCGAUUGCCCACGAAGUCAUUCUCAGCAACUCCACUUGUGAGCUCAAAAUCACCGGCUUUGGCGGCGCCUUUCACGACGGCGGUGGCGGUGAUGCAGCUGCCGGCGCCGGCUCAACUUAUGUCGGGACUCUUAGGCCCGGGACUCCUGGCCCUGGGGGACACCCUACAAUGCACUACUUCAAUCCUUCGUUUAAAAACUCUGCAACAGCAACUGCAACUCCGCCUAGGAAGACGACGAUGGGUUCUUCCCUUUUAGGAGAGAGGAAUAAUGGAUCUGCAGCUCCUGGGGCCUUCCAUGGCUUCUCCUCUCGAAAAGGGGCCUCCUCCGACAAAGAUUCCAACGUUGUUACCUGCCACAAAUGCGGCGAGCAGUUUUCCAAGUGGGAAUCUCUUGAAUCCCAUCAUCUCUCCAAUCAUGCUGUCACCGAACUAAUCGAAGGCGAUUCCUCCCGAAAAAUCGUCGAAAUCAUCUGCCGAUCGAGCUGGCUGAAGCCGGAGAAUCACUCUGUAAGAAUAGAUCGAGUUCUUAAAGUCCACAACACACAGAAAACUCUUGCCCGAUUCGAGGAAUAUCGCGAGGUCGUCAAAAUUAAGGCCAGCAAGCUCCCGAAGAAGCAUCCUCGAUGCCUCGCCGACGGCAACGAGCUCCUCCGAUUCCACGCCACGUCUCUCGCAUGCUCCCUCGGUGCCAACGGGUCGUCGAGCCUCUGCAUUUCGGACAAAUGCUGCGUGUGCCGAAUUAUCCGUUACGGAUUCUCCGCCCGCCGCGAAAUCAAGGGCGGGAUCGGCGUUUUCACGACGUCGACGAGUGCGAGGGCUCACGAAUGCGCCGAAUUGCCCUGCAGCGACGGUGACGAUCGAUCGCCGACGAUGCGGAAAGCGUUGAUCGUUUGCCGGGUGAUCGCCGGGCGCGUCCACAGGCCGUUGGAGAACAUUCAGGACAUCACCGGGGCGACGGGGUUCGACUCGCUGGCCGGAAAAGUGGGGCUUUAUAACAACAUUGAGGAGCUUUACUUGCUUAGUCCUAAAGCAUUGCUGCCUUGUUUUGUUGUUGUAUGUAAAUCCUGAGUACAAACAAUGUUGAUCGAAGCUUUUGUUAGGACACAAGAAGAUGAUCUUUAUGGACUAAUUUUUGCAUCAGGUAGAAAAGAAAGGGUUAAAAACAGAAUCUUUUAUCUACCUUGGUUUGUUUGAUGUAGGCCUAAUUUGUAAUCAAUUGUCAGAAAGAUGACCACAAAAUUGUCUUGAA